UCUGAAUUCCCGCUCCUUCUUUGUUUCUGUUCCUUUUUUUUUUUUUUUUGGCUAAUUCCUUGAUGGCUCCGCAUUAAAGAGGCCACACCUGAUUUCUGGGCUUAUUCUGGCACAGAAUACCCUUUUUCUUGCCCUGGAUUUUGCUCAAACCUUUGCUCUUGAUUGACUGAGGAGGGAAAAUUUUUCUUUUUAAGGUUGAGAAGAAACAGAGGAUGGCAGGAACAGGGCCGACAUCUGCAAGUGACCAUCAUCACGGUGAACUCGUAACUUCAAUAACCAACAGAAUGAAGCAACUAUCUGCAGUAUCUGUGGACUGUUGCAUCUACACCGUUCCGGAGAAGCUCCGGCGGGGCUACGAAGAGGCCUACACACCUCGCGUCGUCGCAAUCGGACCUUAUCACCGUGACAAGGAAGGCCUCAAGCCGAUGGAGGAUCAGAAGCUGCGAUACUUGCAAAGCUUCCUCCAGUACAACCGGAGGUUUGGCCUGGAGGACUACAUCGAGAGGAUCAAGUCCUGGGAGGGUCGGGCCCGGAAGUGCUACGACAAGCCGAUCAUCCCCGACUUCGAUGAGUUUGCACAGAUGAUGCUCCUCGACGGCAUCUUUGUGAUCCAGCUCUUCCUGAUGCAGUGGAACUAUAAGUGGAGGCCGUAUGGCGACCCGAUCUUUGGCAAGCCAUGGAUGAUUAACGACGUCCGCCGCGACAUGUGGCUGCUGGAGAACCAGAUACCGUUCUUUGCCAUCCAAGAGCUGUUCGAGAUGGCGUACGGAUCGCACCAAAAGCACACACCGGGGCUGCUCGAGCUUGCGUAUCAGUUCUUCCAGCCGCGGAUGAAAAUGGAGGAGCUGCCGGAGGGGGUGAUGGAGUCAGAGGUGAAGCACUUCCUCGAUGCGAUCAGGCUCUUGCACUUGCCAUCGGUCAGGAAGGCACCAUACGAGAACCAUGAAAUGUUCAAGUUCAUCCCAAGUGCAACCGAGCUGGUGGCGGCCGGAGUCAAGCUGAGAAGAGGUAAAAGCCGGUGCUUGUUAGACAUCAAAUUCAAGAAUGGAGUGCUCGAAAUCCCGCGCCUCGGUCUUUACCACACAACGGAAUCCUAUUUUAGGAACAUUAUCGCCUUCGAGCAAUGUUACUACCGGGACGACAGUUAUCUGAUCGACUAUAUGGCCUUCAUGGAUCACCUGAUCAAUACCCCAGGUGAUGCAAAUUUGCUGAUCGACAAAGAAAUCAUAGAGAACUGGCUCGGCAAUGAGGAUGCUGCCACACGCCUACUCAACACCUUCUGCAACGAAACUUACAUGUGGACAAGAAACGCCUACUUCUACGACCUCAGGCAUGAGCUCGUCGCGCAUUGCCGAAGGCGUUAUAACAAGUGGAAGGCCAUGUUUAAGCGCAAUUACUGCAGUAGCCCGUGGGCAGUCAUCUCGGUUGUCGCUGCGAUUGUGUUGCUUGCCCUGACUAUAGUGCAGACCGCGUGCUCAGUCCUAUCUCUCAAAUAACUUUGCUUUUUUAAUGGUAAAUUGCCACUGUAAUGCUCUAAGUUUGGAUUGAAUUGCGUGUGAUCAUUGGUCACUUUCUAUCAGAAUCAGCAGACAUCCAUUUAUGUAUGUUAGUCGGUGCAGAAUAUUAGCUUUUCACUA